AUGGCUGAGAAGGUGGCUCUAGCACUGUCUGAAUUUACAGUGAAAGGACCAGCUGAACCUGUUGUAGCCUUGCUCGGAGCAGAUGCCACUCUGCCCUGCCAGCUCACACCUGAGCAGAGUGCAGCUUACAUGCACAUCCGGUGGUAUCGAACUCAGCUGUCCUCUGCUGUGCUUGUGUACUAUAAUGGACAGGAGCAAGGUGGAGAGCAGAUGUUGGAGUACCGAGGCAGGACCGAAUUGGUGCGAGAUACCAUAAACAAGGGGAGUGUAGCAUUGAAGAUACAGCGUGUCCGCACCUCGGAUAAUGGCCAGUAUCGGUGUUAUUUUAAGGAUGGUGAUGCUUCCCAUGAGGCCAUUGUGCAGUUGAAUGUUAUAGGCUUGGGUUCUGUUCCAGAUAUUUACAUGGCAGGGCUUGAAAAUGAUGGAAUCAAAGUGUUAUGUUCCUCAAAAGGCUGGUUCCCCAAACCUACAGUGAAAUGGAGAGACAUGGCGGGAGUGAAAUCAUCCCUCUUUGAAUCUCAGGAUCAAAAUGAAGAUGGGCUCUUUAAAGUGGAGGCAUCACUUGUGGUCACAGACAGCAGCCUGGACAAUGUGACCUGCUCCAUCCAGAAUCCUUUAUCUGGCCAAGAGAAAAUGUCAGCCAUCUUCCUCCCAGAGCCCUUCUUCCCCAGGGUAUCACCAUGGAAGACAGCCCUGGCUGGGACCUUACCUGUGCUGGUGCUCCUUCUCACUGGGAUAGGCUACUUUGGAUGGAAAGAACAUAAAGCUAAAGAGGUAGAAAUAAAGAAAAAAGAAGUAAAAGCUCAGGAAAGCAAGCAAAUGAAACUUGAAAAGGAAGCUGCAAUUAAUCAAAGAGAGACCCUGAAGAAAGAGCUUGAACAACGAAAAGCCUUAUACAAAGAAGAUUGGAAAAAAGCCCUUCUAUAUCCUGAUUGGAGGAUGGAACUGUUCAGUCCUGCCACUGUGACCAUCAAAGGUGAAACUUUGCCUCAGAACAAUUCAGAUCCAGAUAACAAAGAAAGUGUCAGAGAAGAAACAAAGGACCUAUCUUUCAGUAAUAAGAGAGUAGAUGACAAUUUUAUAAUCCUUCAUCAGGGAAAUUUUACCUCAGGAAGAUAUUUCUGGAAAGUGGUUGUUGGGGACACAGACGAGUGGGCUCUUGGCGUUGUUGAGGACACAUUGCAAGAUACAUCAUCAAACAUAUUCAGAGUCUUAGAGAAGAAGGGAGACCAAUACAAGGCUUGCACUUAUAAUUCUAAAACCACUUCUGAAGAAGUAUCACUCUCGAAAGAAGCAUUUUCACAAGUGAUUGUGGUUUUCUUUGAUUAUGAGGAUGGUGACAUUUCUUUCUACAACAUGACUGAGGGUACUCACAUUUACUCCUUCACCAAGUUGAGCUUUUCUGGGUCACACUAUCCUUACUACAAACGUAACUCUACAGAGCUCUCAUAA